UAUCGACUGCAGCAACGCGGUGUGGAUUUCAUUCGUCUUUUUUUCUGCAUUUCUGCAUUUACGCCGGUAUUGCUUUGAGAUUUAAUAAAGAGUGCAAUUAAAAUGGUUGGGAAGAGACAGGCCACCUCGAACCUGAAUCACGACAAUUGGGACCAGGAGGAGGAGCCCGAGGAGCGCGGCACCUUUCGCACGGCCAGCGAACAGGAACUGAAGGCACGCGUUAUCAAGAAGGCGCGCCGCAAGAUUGCCGGUGGAUCCUCUGGCGCUGGCGAGGAUGGCGCCGAUGAAACGCCAGCAGAGCCCAAGAGCGUGUUCAGUGGAUUUUCUGGUUUCGGAAAGCCGGCUGCAAGCUCAGCGGCGGGAAGCUCGCCUUCUCCUUUCUCGUUUCUGGCGAAUUUGCAGGCUCCAGCCGCUACUACUGCUAAGUCCUCUUCUUCGAGCACCACACACGAUCAACCCAAGGCCCCCUUCUUAUUUGGAAUUGGCUCCAGUGGGGCUGAUAAGCCGACCAGUUCUAGCAUUUUUGGCACCGGCAGCACCACUCCUCAGGCCCCUCCUCCGGCCAAGGAACCAACAAGUACCACGGAUGGCGGUAAACCGACUCCCUCAAUUUUUGGCAACACAUCAGUGACCAAAAAGGAAAGCACCGUUCCGAAGUUGCCGGUAGCCACCAGCAGCAAGUCAGCCAGCACAAGUUCCACCUCCACUAUAGAGACCACCUCCGAGUACCGGGAAAGUGUGGCCGAGCUAAAUCGGUCCGUUAUGAAGUUCCUACAGGAUCACAUGAACAAGAGUCCAUACUGCAUACUCACGCCAGUGUUCAAGGAAUAUGAAAAGCAUCUGAAGGAACUUCAGGACGAGGAGAGCGCCAGAACUAUCUCUACAAAGACCGCGCCUGUACAACCCCUUUUUGGAUUGCCAGCGGCAGUCGUGUCCAGUGCAUCAUCACCGUCAAAACCGGCUGCCACAUUUUCGUUUGGCAAGCCCACCACCCCGGUAGGUGGCAGCACAUCGCUUUUCGGCAAGAAGCCCAACUGCACCGUAACCAGUGGUGGUACAACCACCACAACAACUACACCGCAGUUAACCUUUGGAAGUACUGCAGCUUCCAGUGCUCCAGUGUCGACUUCUGGCAGUAUCUUUAGUUUGUCAUCAAAGCCUGCUGGUGAAGUCAAGCCCGAUGAUGCCCCAAAGUCCAGCAUCUUCAGUAUCGCAGUAAAGGAUACCACCACCAAAAAGGAUGAGCCUUUGUUCUCGCCACCGAAGACUAAUGGCUUUAGCUUUGGACUAAAGAGCAGCAGCGACGACAAGCCAAGCUCUUCUUUAUUCGCAGGAUUCGGGAAGGCACCUGACGGAGCAGGAGAUGGCUUAAAAGGAUUCUCGUUUACCAACAGUGCCAAGCCUUUCUCCUUCGGAAACAUUCAGCCGCCUGCUGCAACUGCUGUCAGUGAAGAAGCAGAGGAUGAAGAGGACAAGCCGCCAAAGGUCGAGUUCAAACAGGUUGUGGAGGAGGAUGCUGUGUUUUCAAAGCGGUGCAAGGUAUUCAUAAAAAAAGAAAAAGACUUCGGAGAUCGAGGCGUUGGGACGUUAUACUUAAAACCAGUGAAGGACUCUGAGAAGACCCAGCUGCUGGUGCGCGCCGACACCAAUUUAGGCAAUAUUCUGGUAAACCUGAUUCUAAGCGAGGGAAUACCCUGCCAGCGUAUGGGGAAGAAUAACGUGAUGAUGGUCUGCGUGCCAACGCCGGAGGACACCAAGGCUACAUCUCUCUUGCUGCGCGUAAAAACCGGCGACGAGGCCGACGAUUUGCUAAAAAAGAUUAAGGAGCACAUUAAGUAGAGAAUAGAUAGCUUCAUAACAUGAAUUCGUGCAUCUAAAUGUUGUUUAAUCGUUUAUAUUUUAAAAAGCAUAAAUUUACGAACCACUGGAAGUAGAAUACAAGAAUGUACACAUAAUCAGUCGAUUGUGGCUACAA